AUGCCUCUCAAAACUACAGACGCUUUGGGUACAUACAGCUCUAUAUCAGGUUACAAAGUCAACAUGGACAAAAGUGAAGUACUUCCAUUGACUCGGUUUGUUUAUAGCAUCUGUGACAGGUCCCUUCAGAUGGUUGCCACAGGGGUUCAAAUAUCUAGGAAUCACAGUUGAUAAUGACUUAAGAAAUGUGUACAAGCUUAACUACCCUGUCUUGGUUCAGAAGGUGGUGGAUGACUUGAAUAGAUGGAUAGAUAUGCCUCUUACAUUAUUUGGGAGAAUUAACUGUUUUAAGAUUAACGUUCUGCCUAUGAUGAUGUAUCCAUUUCAAUCUUAA